AUGGACGACAGACUGCUCGCUUCCGGCGGGCGGGUCCAGGGCGUCGCGCUGCGAACCGAGGCGGACUUCUUCGCCCAGCUCCGCGCGUCCCCGUCCGCCGCCACCCCGGUCCCCGGCAGCUCGACCAGGCGCGCGCUCGUCGGCGCGGGUUCGCCGGACAUCACCACGCCCGAGAUUGACGCCCUGCUCGAGAAGCUCGCGCGGGGGUCGCCGUCGGAGCUCGUGGACCACGACGCGCCGAACAACCUCCCGCCGUCCGCGUCCAAGCGCGCCGCCGUCACGCCGACGCGCGCCGCCGCCGCCGCCGCUCGCCGCUCGCCCAAGAGCGCUCGGGGCGGGCGGCCGCGAUGGACGAGCGCGCGUCCCGACCAGCACGGCGUGUGGGUGCCCGUCGAGCAGAUGCCCAAGCCCCCGCCGUCGUUCGCUCCGCACUCGUCCGCGACGCCGGGGCGGUCCACGCCCACCGCGCUCGUCGGCGACGUCGUGACGCGCGUCGCCGACACCGGCGAGCGCGUGCAGUACGUCACGCCCAAGCGCCAUUCGUCCGAACCCGACGAGGCCGAUGGAGAUCCAAAUCCAAAACCAAACUCCCAUCCUCGGGGUAUACCCGAACCCGACGUCGCGACGGGCGCGGCGCUGUACGAGGACUUUUCCCACGAGAGAGACCACCCGAACCUGCCGUACUCGCGCCUGCCCGUGUUCGAGCGGCUGUACCGCCGCAUACCGGAGGGACAGCGCAAGAAGUUCGCGUUCAGCCCCGGGGCGAACGGGUCGGCGACGAAUGGAGCCUAUAGCCCGUCGACGGAUGGCGCGGGUCCGGCGCCCAAGGAGCUGGUCGAGAAGCGACGGGAGAUCGAGUCGCUUCGCGCGGAGCUCGCGGCGAGGGAGAAGUCUGAGACGGCGGGCGACGCGUCGAGACGCACGGCGCGCGCGCUGGAGGCUGCGCGCAGGGGAACCCCGAACGGUCUCCCCCCGCACGACGACGACCAAACUCUCGACGAAACAUUCGACGGGACCGAGUCGGACGACGAGCGAGAGGAGGCUGCGCUCGCGCGGGCGGAGGCUGCGCACAUCGCGCGACUCGCGAAGAUGCACGGCGCGUCCCCGCACAAGAGCGAGUACUCCGCCACGCGCGUCUCCGCGAGGCCGACGGACGUCCCGGUUGUUCGCAUCGAGGACGACCCCGAGAGCGUGGCGUGGGAACUCUCCGCGAGCUUCGACCAGACGUCCAAGCCCCCGUGGCAGGAGCGCCUCCGCGUCGCCGAGGAGCGCCGCGCGGCGAAGGCGGCGGCGUGGGAGGAGGAGGUCCGCGAACGCGCCGACGCCAAGCGAACGAACGACCGGUUGAUCGCGGAGGCGGAGGCGGAGCUCGAGGCGCUGCGAAGAAAGCGAGCGGACGUCGUCGCGCGGCAACGUCGGCGCAGAGCGCUCGCGCUCGCGCGCGCCGACCCGAAGAACCUCCCGCGCAAACGAUCGCCGUGGGGGAUGGCGGGGUCGCCGGGGACGAUAGAUAACAUACGGAACAUGUCGCCCGCGAGGGGAGGACCGGUCGGGACGCGGCCGACGUUUGACUGGACGUCGCCGUGGAGAGCGGAGAGGAGUUCGCGCGAGGUUGCUCGGACCAACGUCUCGACGCCGGACCGACGGACCCCCGCGUCGAGACCGGCGUCGGCGUUACGCCCCCCUCGCGGAGGAGGUCGAUCGCCGUCGUCUGCGGCCAGGCCGGCCACCGCGCCGUCCCCCGGGGGGUCCGUGGCGAGGAUCCUCGCGGAUGCCGCCGCCGCGGACUCGCGACGCGCGAACAGCGCGCAGCCGUACAACAGGGCGCGGCUGUACGCGUCGCCCUCGGACGCGGCUCGAGCGGCGGCGGAGCGGGUUCGGGCGAGGAAACGCGCGCAGGAGGAACGCGAGCGGCGUGCGGCGGCGGCGGCGGCGGGUCCCGGUCCCGCGCGGAGGGCGCGAAAGGCUCCCGCUCCGGCGCCCGCGCGGAGAGAGGCAACCGCAAAGGCUCGAAAGCCUCCGGCGCCGGCGAAGGCUGAGGCUCCGCCGCUCUCGUGGGUCACGGUGCCCCUCGCGUCGGCGGACCCGCCGGGGACCAAGCCACCGACGCGGCGCGAGCUGUACCCGACGCCGCCGACGCCGCCGCGGGCCAAGCCGCCGCCGACGCCGCCUCGAUCGCCGGCGCGGGGGACCGGCUCGGAGGCUAGGCGCUGGGCGGAGGCGUCCACGGUUGAAAAACUGUCAGACGAGGUGCACGUGGUGAAGCGGCUCGUGAAGGACCAGGGCGUGCACCUGUUCGGGGAGGUGGAGGGGAUGAAACAGCAGAUGGGCGCGAUGUUCGAGAUGAUGGAGAGGGUCCUGGGGAAGAUUGGGGACGUCGGAGGCGGGUCGGGGGCGGCGAAGGCUCCCGGGUCUCCAUUUGUCAGCGGCUGA